CGAAUUUCUCGUCUCGAAGUCACCACGAUUCUCACGGACGAGCGGCCGCAGAAGAAACGACGAACUGCCAUGGAAACCCUUGAAGGAGAUGCAGGAUUUAUGGACAAGUACAGCCGACAAAUCGGCGCGUUUGGGCUGGAAACCAUGGCCAAGUUGGUCAAGUUGAAGGUGCUCAUUGUCGGCAUGCGUGGGGUGGGCAUUGAGUGCACCAAGAACUUGAUCCUCGCUGGACCUGGUGCCAUCACGAUUCACGACGAUGGACUCACGGAGAUCCAAGACGUGGGGGUAAACUUCUUCUUGACGGAAGCGGACGUUGGCACGCCUCGCAGUUCUGCGGUUCUGCAUCGCGUGGCCGAACUCAACAAGACGGUGACGGUCAAAGCCCACACCGGACCGUUGACGGAGGAGGUCGUGCGAAAGCACAACGUCGUCGUGUUUACCCACACGGGUCGCGACGAAUUGAUUCGAUGGGACGCAUUCUGCCGCACGCAGUCGCCUGCGAUUGGGUUCAUCACCUGCGACAUUCGAGGUACGCAUCGUCCGUCGUGUAUGUACUCGACAACAAUUUAGGCGCGUUCGGGUAUGCGUUCACGGACUUUGGGCCGGCGUUCUUGACCCACGAUGCCACGGGGGAGAACCCCAUCACGCGCAUCAUCACGGACAUAUCCAGCGACGACGACGGUCUCGUGUCGCUACUGGGGCCGGACGACGACGGCAAAAUGCACGAGCUGCCAGAUUCAGACCACGACGGGUGGAUCGACAUCAGUGAAGUCGAGGGCAUGGUGAACCUGGACGACCCGACCCAGAACAUCAACACGAUGGGACCGUAUCGCAUCAAGUUUGCGUCCAAAAAUGUGUUUCGCAACGGCAAGCAGGUGCCGGUAUUCGAUCCGUACCAUCUCAAGCUGGUCGGGGGCACCCGCCGCUUCUCGCCAUACGUCGGCGGCGGCAUGUUCACGCAGAGCAAGCAGCCAUUCACGACGCAUUUUCGAUCGUUCCAUGAAACAUUGGUGUCGCCAAUCCACCCCGGGGAUUUUGGGCUCAUGUUCACGGACGGCGCCAAAUUCGGACGGGCUGAGCAACUGCAUUUGCUUGUGUGGGGACUCCUCGAGUUUGAAGCCAAGCACGGGUACUUGCCCCGACUGUACAACGACGACGACGCGGAUGAAGUGGUGGGAUAUGCCAAGGCGGGGCCGUCUGCGAUCCCUGGCGUGGACGUCGAUCCGAUUCGCUUAGACCAAGUGGACGAGAAACUGCUCCGGCAACUCACCCACGUGGCGCGCAUUGAGCUGCAUCCACUGGCGGCGUUCUACGGCGGCGUGAUCGCGCAGGAAGUGGUCAAGUUUACGGGAAAGUUUACGCCGUUGAAGCAGUGGAUGCACUUGGAUUUCGCCGAAGUGCUGCCAGAGGCACGCCCGGAUGACGUGGCGCGUCAAAAUAGCCGCUACGACCAUAUCAUCCAGCUGUUUGGUCUGUCGUUUCACCAUCAAUUGGCCAACGUGCGCACAUUUUUGGUCGGAUGCGGGGCCCUCGGCUGCGAAUACCUCAAGAACUUUGCCAUGGUGGGCGUCGGCGUCGGGCCCAAGGGGCUGAUUACAGUCACAGACAACGACCGCAUCGAAGUGAGCAACUUGAACCGGCAGUUUCUGUUUCGAGAGCACAAUGUCGGCCAGCCCAAGUCGGUAGCCGCCACCGCCGCCGUCCGCCGCAUGAACGACGCGCUAAACGUGCUGACAUUGGAGCAUCUGGUCGCGCCCACGACCGAGCACGUGUUUAACGAUACAUUCUGGAGAAACGACGUGGACUUCGUCACGAACGCGCUCGACAACAUCAAGGCGCGGCUAUACGUGGACUCCAAGUGCGUGUUUUACAAGAAGCCGUUGCUUGAGAGUGGUACCCUCGGCACCAAGUGCAAUGUGCAGGUGGUGCUGCCGUACAAGACGGCGAGCUACGCCGACGGACCCAAGGACGCCCCCGACGAUAACAUUCCCAUGUGCACGCUGCGCAACUUUCCGUCGCUGAUCGAGCACUGCAUCGAAUGGGCCCGGGCCCAGUUUGAAGAUGUGUUUGUCGUGCCUUUCUCGGACGUGGCAAAGUUUGCCUCGGAUCCGUCGACGUAUUUGCACGUUAUUCGGGUGGCUACGGUGGACCACCCCAACCCUAAAGUGGGCGCGUCGGCCGUGCCAAGUGAAUUGGAACGGGUGCGCGCACUCCAUGCGCUCGUGACCAAGCCCCAAGUCGAGUUUGAAGACUGCAUUGCGCUCGCCCAAACGUUGUUUACGUCGCUGUUCCGCGACCGCAUCUUGCAGCUGAUCCACAACUUCCCCGAGGACCACCAGACCAAAACGGGUGAGAAGUUCUGGUCUGGCGCCAAGCGCUUUCCCCAGGCCGCCACAGCCGUGGACUUUGGCAACGCGUACCAUGCCGACUUUAUCCGAUCUGUGGCCAACUUGUACGCUGUCAACUUUGGGCUGCAGCCACCGCCCGAGGACGAAGUCGUGCCCGAGUCGUCGUACUUGCGCCAAGUGGACACAUUUGCCGCGUUCGGCCAGGCGCAUCCGCUGGCGCCGUGGGUGCCUUCGUCGGAAACCAUUGCAGAGAACGACGAAGCGCUCAAAAAGCAGCAAGAGGAGCGCGCGACCAACGCCGACGACGUGGGCGAGCUGGAGCGGCUGUUGAACGAGCUCGGCGCGCUCACGGCGGGCCAGCUGGCGGCGGCCGCCCGCUACGUGGCCGCCGACUUUGAAAAAGACAACGACCUGAACUUCCACAUUGACUUCAUCGCAGCCGCGGCAAACCUCCGCGCGUGGAACUACCGCAUCAAGCAAGUGUCCCGUCACAAAUGCAAGAUGAUUGCAGGCAAGAUCAUCCCGGCGAUUGCAACCACGACCGCCAGUGUCACAGGGCUGGCCAUGAUUGAGCUGCUCAAGAUUGUGCAGGGGAAAUCGCUCGACCAGUUUAAAGAUUCGUCCAACUCGCUCGGACUCAACAUGUACCUCCUCCAAGAACCGGCCGAGCCAGAAAAGGCCAAGGAUGAGUACGAUAUGAUUGAAAUGUCUGAAGUCAAGUGCAAACCCGCGGGGUUCACCAAGUGGGACACGACGUUGGUCACGGUGCAACCGGGUGUGACGUUGGCCGCGUUUCUCGACCAGGUGCAAACCCAAGUAGGGCUGAACGUCAACUUGCUCUUCCAUCCCGUGGCCGAGUUGGGCGGCGACGAGUACGCCGCCGUGCGCGGCCUCAUGCUGUACGACCGCACGGCGUUCAGUGCGUCGCUCAAGGCGCUGUACAAGCAAAAGCUGGACGUGCCCCUUCGGGAAUGGGUCGAAGAGCGGUACCAGCGCCUCGUCGACUGCGACCGCCCGUUUGUUGAGUUUCAAACGUCGUGCUCGGACGACGACGACGUCGUGUACAAAAUCCCCACGGUCGUGUGCCGCUUUGUCUAGAUAUGACUACUUAAGAAGUAGGAGCGGCAACAAUAUUGAGUAAAGAUGAAAUUGAUUGAUUCGUACUCUUCUGUAG